CCGCUCUCAGGGUCGGAGAAAGAGACAAAGGCAGCUGAGAGGAGGGCGCCGAAACCCAGCGCGCCUCUCUCUCUGACUACAGCUGUGUCAGAAAGAUGUCUCAAGUUCUUCGAAGAAGUGAAUGGGAAGCAAUGCUCAUUUUCAGCUUGGUUUCCCUUUGUGUAUCCCUACCGCUAUGGAGUGAUCGGGACUCCCUCAUCGAAGAGGAGAAUGCUCGUCGGACUGGGGCCAACCUUUUGCUGGGGAAAUAUGAAGAACGUGUGAACAAGAAGCUGAUGCGUCUCAAGGAAGAGGAAGUGGCCGAAGCGAUGCACACAGGGCUGUUUCCACCCAGCAUGCAUUUCUUCAAGGCCAAAGCCCUCAUUGAUCAGAGCGCUGUGUUCAAUUUCUUAAAGCAGAUGCCAAAAGGUGGUGUUUUACACCUGCACGACUAUGCCAUUCUUAGUGCUGACUGGCUGGUGAAGCAUGCCAGCUACCUUCCUGAUUGUCACAUCUGCUUCUUCCCUUCGGGGGAUGUCCGUUUCAAGUUCUCGGAGUCUCACCCUCCUAAGGAAGUGCUGCCUGGUUGCUCUGAGUGGAUAUUGCUGGAGACCUACCGCAAGAAUCUGAACAAUGUGACGGAAUUUGAUAACAGCUUGUUGAGGAACCUGACUCUGGUAUCAGACGCCCCAGAGGUGACCUAUCCAUCUCAGGCUUCCAUUUGGAGCAGAUUUGAAAAUGUCUUCAUCACUGCCUCUGGCCUUAUCUGCUACGCACCUGUGUUCAAGGCCUAUUUCUAUCAGGGUCUGUUGGAGCUCUAUGAAGAUAACAUACAAUAUGUGGAGAUCCGAGCCAUGCUGCCACCGCUGUAUGAGUUGGAUGGAACUCAGCAUGACAAUGACUGGUCUGUAGCAGCAUAUCAAGAUGUGGCAGAGCAGUUUGUCAAGGACCACCUGGAUUUUGUUGGUGCAAAGAUUAUAUAUUCUGCACACAGAAACCUGAACAUUUCCCAGAUUAAAGAAGCUGUGUAUACAGCCAUGUCACUCAGGGCCAAAUUCCCAGGCACUAUGGCAGGUUUUGAUCUGGUUGGCUGGGAGGAUGGUGGAAAAUCCCUUUGGGAACUAAAGGAAGCUUUGACCAUUCCGCAAUCUCUAGGAGAUAAUUUGCCAUACUUCUUUCAUGCUGGUGAGACUGACUGGGAGGGCACCCCUGCGGAUAAUGAUGUCUUGGAUGCUCUGCUUUUGAACACCAGCCGAAUUGGCCAUGGUUUUGCCCUUGCCAAGCAUCCGGUCGCUAGGAAGCUGGCCCUGAAGAUGGAUAUUCCUGUGGAAAUCUGCCCCAUUUCUAACCAGGUCCUGCAAUUAGUAUCUGAUCUGAGAAACCACCCUGCUGCUGUUCUGAUGUCGGAGGGCCACCGUAUUGUGGUGAGUCCAGAUGAUCCAUCAGUCUUUGGAGCAAAGGGUGUGUCCUAUGACUUCUACGAAACAUUUAUGGGUAUAGGAGGGAUGUCUGCUGAUCUGCGUACUUUAAAACAACUGGCUCUGAACUCACUAACACACAGCACCAUGCUACCUGAUGAGAGGACCCAGGCCUUGGAGAUCUGGCAAAAGAAGUGGGACCAGUUCAUCUUUUGGGUUUCUGAGACUGUUCCAGAGGAGCUAUAGGAAAGAAGAGGUCCCCUCUCUUGAAGCUGGAGUGUCCGAGACACAGCAGGAAUCUUUACAGUACAGUCAUUUGCUUUGUAUCUAGUAGACUGUAGCAACAGAUUGUUUUAACACUGCUGUGCUAUCAAUCAGUUGCCAAUUUUUAAGAAGCCUGCUGGUGGAACAGUGGGGGGAAAUACAGGGGAAAUGAUGACUGGCGAAAGAAAGUGAGCACGGAUCUCUUGUGUGUGUCCUCUACGGCCGGUGCUGCUAAUGCCUCUGCUUCAGAAUGGCAGUGACAGAGAAAUGGAGUAUCCUCACCGAGUGGAUGCAGUCCUAACUUCUUCAACUAUUUCACUCCUUCCCCUUUCUCGGCACCUGUGGGUACCUGUGGGAGAGGUCCAAGUUCCUUUUGUGCUGAGAAGAUAUUUCUUUAUAAAACGAGCUUUAAUAUUUUGUGGAAGAUACAAAUUGCUCCUUCAAAGACAUAAAAAUGACAUGUGCAUAUUCCACAAUUUCAUUGUGCAAGUAUAGAAUUCAGUAUGUGGGCACUAUAUUCAGUAUGCCAAGCAUCUGAGCGUUCAUUUAAAAAAGACAAGUUAGCUACCCCACGUUAUUGUUAGGUGGGCAUGCCCUACACCUAUUGAUUUCAAUAGGCUUAGGUAAGCCUAUCUGUGCAUAGGAUUGAACUGGUGUAUGUUAAUGUCUUGGCCAUGAUCAGUGAAAUCUCAAAAGCCUAAACAGCAUAUCCAGUGACUGGGUUCGGUCUUCAAUACCAUGCAUUGCUUUUUGCUCCUUCCUAUGUCUAGCAGAAAUAGAAUAAACUAUGCAAAACAGGCAAAUAUGGGCACAUUUCCAUAAUUUGCAUUGUUGAUACGAUUCACAGAUUUUUUUCCUGGUACAAAAUUUGCAUACAGGAAACUGUAUUAUACUGAGCUAGACCAUUGGUCGAUCAAGGUCACUGAUUUCUAUUCUUACUGUCAGUGGCUCUUCAAGGCUUCAUGAAGAGGUCUUUCAUAUUACCUCUUACCUGAGCCUUUUAACUAAAAAUGCCGGGAAUUGACCUUGGGACCUUCUGUAUGCAAAGCAGAUGAUGCUGUACUGCUGAGCCAUGGUCCCCUCUCAUAAAACUAUGUUUCCUUUGCAUAAAAUGUUUAUUUUAAAAAUGCUUGCAUUGUGAGGUCUGUCACCAGAUUAAAGAAAUUUUAUUCAUCAUGUGAUUUUCAAAAAAUAGACUAAAGCUAUAGCUGCCCUGACCUAGAUAGCCCGAGCAAGCCCAAUUUUGUCAGGUCGUGGAAGCUAAGCAGGGUCGACUUUGGUUAGUAAUUGGAUGGGAGACCUCCAAAGAAGACAAGGGUCACCAUGCAGAGCCAGGCAAUGGCAAACCACAUCUGUGAAUAUCUUGUCUUGAAAAUUCUGGCGGGGUCCCCAGAAGUCAGCUAUGUCUUGAUGGCACUUUUCACCACCAAAGAUGUAUACAGUUACACAGCAACUGUUUUGAAGGGGGGGAAAAGAGCCUUCUGCCUUAAUUCAUAGAUGAUGCAUACACUUCCUUAAGCAGGCACAGUCCUAGGAGAAGCAUUCCUUCCUGUGUGUGAAAGAAUGCUUCUUCACAGAUGGCACCUGUUAUGUUUUUUGUACAUACUUGAACUGACGAUAAUUAUUUUUUAAAAAAAUGCUACCCAGUUAAUUGGGGCAUCUUUUUAAUUUAUCAAAAGUUUUAAAAUCAAUUAAUAUAACUAAUUAACCUGCUGUGUUGAGGGUUGGCAGCCUUUUUGGCCUGAGUGCUGAAUGAAGUGCAAAGUUUACUUGUGAUGGUAUUGGUGUGCCAGCAAACAGUAGCAGAGAGAGAGAUAAGCAUUGCUCUGGCUGUAGUGACUGAGGGGGGAAAUGAUUGUAAUGACUAUAAUGACGGAUUGCUCUUGAAAGCAGGUUUUCUAAGUGCAGCAAUCAAAGAGCUGGGAGGGAGGACUUAACUCCUGCUUGGAAUAGAAAGCUUGAGUGACAGAUUGCUCUCUCCUCUCUGAUUGGCCAGUUAGAACCCAGCUGAAGGACUGACAGUUGGUUUUCUGACAGGAUUGUUCAGUUUGUGAUUGAGUCUGACAGGAAAGGUUAGACAAGUUUCCCUCUGGAGUGAGAGAAGAGAAAUCUUUUGCCUUAACUGUAACAUCACUGUCUUGAAGAAGAAUUCAAUUUAAGAAUUCUUAGUAUAAGUGUCAGUAGAAGCUGACACCUGCUUGACACAGACACUAUAGAACUGGGAGUGUGUUUUGGCAAGAGUGAUUGGGUAGUAGGUUAGACUCCCUUUCAAGCCAAAAAAGGGUUAUAUCUUCUUAGGAGAAGAAGAUUAAUUCCUGCCCAGUUUCUAAGGGAGGACCCCAGAUCUGUUGUGAAGGGAAAUCAGUUUUAAACUAACUUCAGGUAAUCGGAGCUGUAGUAGGAAACUCUGAAGAAACACUGUUGCUGUAACUAAAGUAUUAAGUAAAACUCUCACUGCUAAGAACCAAGAAUAUAAGAAACAAGCUUCAGGAAAACUAUUUUGCCUGUUACUUUAUUCUGAACUAUCAACAACAUUUUACCUCAGCACUUUCAUUCCCUGACUACACCUAGUCAAUUCCUGCCUGUUAAAUAAAGUUAUUUCCUUUUGAACAUUA